AUGUCCGCUCAAACUGAAACUGAAAAACAGAUAUCCGAUAUUAUAAAAAAAUAUAUUUCAGAUGUUGAAGAUAGUAAAUUUGAAAACAUAAAUAUACAGACAUUUAUUCGGGAUAACAAAAGGAAGGUAAUGACAGUUAAAGUUCCUGCUGAAAUUCUUGCUAAAGCACAAAUUAAUUUUGGAAAUAUUUUAAAAUCUAUUAAACAGAAAUUUCAGGAUUAUUAUGUUAUUAUGGUCGAAAAUAUUAAGAAGGAAGGUGAAAUCAGUUGGAAUGAUGCCAAAAAAAUUUUUAAAGGAGCCUGUUACCCAUUUAUAAUAAAUGGUAUCAGAAAUGAUGUUAUUACACCUGAAGAAGAAAUUGUUAAUGUUCUUCUUGAAAAAAAAUGCACUUUUAGUGAUGACGAGUUUAGAAUGAUUGAGACUGCUAUCACAGGAUUAGUAGGUAGAAAGGUUGCAGUUUCGAUCAACUUCCAUACUUUAAAUUAA